UGGCUUCGGCUGUCACAAGUGCCUACAGGUGACUGGUGUACAGCGCUGUCACAUCACACAGCGCAGUCAGAAAACAAAUCGCACAUCACAUAGAGUUCUGUUAAAAUUAUCGAGAAGUUGUAAGCGGUGCUCUUUUGCAGUUUCGCUUCCAUACGACUGCAGAGGGAACUGAUACCAGGUUGAUUUUAAGACUGCACAGUUGCAGCUCCUUUCCAAAAACUACGCCCCAACUUCGUACUUUUUUGACCUUCAGCGGUUUUUCAGCCCACUCAUGAGCAGGCACCCAGUCAUGUAGAGAGCAGCGCGUGGAGGACACCCCGAUCACUUUCAGCACUUUCUACACAAAGAGACAUCCCACCACUCUUCGGGCUGGACUGCACGCUGACAGCAGCCCGCCCCCCGCGUCCCCCAGCCAUGUCGUCACGCAUUGGCCUGCGCCUGCAGCUCAUGCGGGACCAAAUGCAGCAGGAGGAGCAGCGGGAGCGGCAGCAGCAACAAGCAGCAUCCAUGCAUUACAUGCAGCAUCGCAUGCCAGGCCCACAAGCACCCUCGCAAGCCAUCAGUGCACCAACACACUUCCAGUCACCCAUGCAGGUGCCUGUUGAAGUGUUAAAGGUGCAGAGCAAUCUUGAGAACCCCACAGACUACCACAUUCGAAAGUCUCAGCUGCAGCAGGUCAAGGAGUACCUGUCCGCCACCAAGCAGCCUGUACAUGCGGUCACAAGCUUGGUACAGCCCUCUCCUCCCACCAUGCCCCAGGGUCAGACAGGAACCGUCCCUCCAUCCAUGCCCUCCCCCUGCAUGCGCACUGAGCAGCUCAUGAACUCUGCUGGGAACAGCGCACCCAACAGUCCCAUGGCCAUGCUCAACAUCGGCUCCAGCCAUGAGAAUGAGAUGGAUGAGGUUAUUGAUGACAUCUUCAGCCUGCAGUCCAGUUAUGAUGACAUCCAGGCUUAUAUUGACCCCGUGGUCCAGAUGCCAAACACACUUCCACUGUCCAGCAGCCAUUUGGAUGUGUACAUGGGGCCAGGAAUGUCCGGAUCUGCUAUUGCCAUGACCAGCAACUCCUGCCCUGCCAACCUGGCCAUCAAGAGAGAGCUGUCAGCUCGUGCAGUGGCUAAAGAGAGGCAGAAGAAAGACAACCAUAACCAGAUUGAAAGGAGGAGAAGGUUUAACAUCAAUGAUCGAAUUAAGGAGCUGGGCACCAUGAUCCCCAAAACCAAUGACCUGGAUGUGCGCUGGAAUAAAGGCACUAUUCUAAGAGCCUCUGUGGAUUAUAUUAAACGCAUGCAGAAGGACAUCCAGAGAACCAGAGAGGUGGAGAACAACUUCAGGAGGAUGGAGAUGGCCAACAAACAGCUGUGGCUCCGCAUUCAGGAGCUUGAGAGGCAGGCCCAGAUGCACGGCCUCCCCAGCAGCUCUCCAUCCGGUCUGAACAACACCGAGCUUCUAAACCACUUUGUCAAGCAGGAGAACAGCCCUGAGGAGAACCACCUCUCACACCAGCCCCAUCUCCCUCCUAACUACCCCCAGCAUCAGCAGCACCAGGGUCAGCCGCAGCACCGGCCCCACACUCAGCUCCACCAGCACCAGCACCAACACCUUCACCCCCAGCCCCCACUGCAGUACCCGGCCGUGGGCAGCUCCCAGCACUUUGACUAUGCCCAGUCGCUGGACUUGUGCGAUGGCGGCAUCCCAGGAUAUCAAGAUGGCAUGGGGGGCAUUGGGGAUCUCGGCUCAUUGGGCGGAGGUGUCGCGCCCAUGGGAAAGAAGAGCGAUCUGGGCUUCUUGCUGAUGGAAGAGGUGCUGUCGCCGCUGGGGGGAGACCCGCUGCUGUCCGCCAUGUCCCCCGAAGCUUCUGUGGACAGCAGCCGCCGUAGCAGCUUCAGCAUUGAGGACUCAGACAUACUGUGACCUGGACAGCCUUAGGUGUCGCUGCACGAUGUGCAUAAGAUGCGACACACGCACACACACACACACACACACACACACAGAUGCUGCAUUUAGUCUGGCACACUGUUAAUGGGGAAAGGUACGAUAUUGAUGCACCCUGCCACACUGAAAUGAGAGUUUAGCUACUUUUUUAUCUUUUAAAUCUGACAUGUGAAACAAGAAACAUGGUUUUAGUGAAAUCAUGCAACACUUUUGUUCCACAACUGUCUCAGAAAUGAAAAUAUGCAUGUUGAUAAAUGUAGUAAGACUAACUGAACAAACAGAACUGAGAUGCUUGAAUUCUAUCACUGAGAAUUGGCCUAUAUUGAAUGUUUUGUAUAUAUAUAUAAAAAAUAUCCUUAGACAUAUACAGAUUGCCAUAAAGCCAUAGUUCACACAAAAAUGAACAUUUUGGCAAUUUUCUCAGCCUCAUGUUUUUACAAACCUAUAUGAAUUUAUUUCUUCUGUUGAACACAAAAUAUAUUUUGAAGAAUGUUGGUAACCAAACCUUCCAUAGUAUGAAAAGAAAAAAAAAACACUGUGGAAGUCAAUGGCUACCAGCAACUGUUUGGUUUCCAGCAUCCUUCAAAACAUCUCCUUUUGAUUAGAACAACAUGAGGGUGAGUAUGAUUUUGGGUGAACUAUCCCUUUAAAGGCUGUGAACAUUUACAUCUUUACGCUCUCACAUUCUUUAUCAGUAGAAUAAUAUAUUUUUUCUGCUUUAACAUGUCAGCCAUUUCCCACAUGUGAGACUGUCACACUCACUUUAUGUCCUCUAAAUCCAGACAGAAAUAAGUUUUGGAGGAUUUGUUUUUUCACUUGAAAUAUAGGCUACCGCCGCAUCACAACGCUUACUAUAUCAGAUCAAUAUGCAAAGGCAGAUUAUCCUCAGACAGUUUGUCAAAAAAGCAGGAAGGAAAUAGUUCCCACAGCCAUGGAAACCUGGAAAUAUCAAGAUAUUGUUUUCUUAAUUUAGAUUAAUAAAUUAAUACAAUCUUAAUUAAAAGUCAUGCUACUUUUAGUCAGUUGUGAGUGAAUCAAUCUUUUAUUUUUUUAUUUUUUUUUUAAUGAAUCAGCCAAAAAGAUUCACAAAACAGUCUGAAUGAUAAAUUAGCAAAUCAGUCUGAAUUUGAAUGAUUUUUAAAAGUUCUUAUCCACUAAUCACACUGAAGUCCUGGAAAAGUCACUCUGAAAGUGCCCUGUAAUGUCCAUGAAAAAUAUUACAAGAAAAAAUAGCAUGUUUUUUCAUUGAUCCGUUUAGGCCAUACUCAGGUGUGACUCUCCACCAAAAUGGAGAGACUAGGAAAGAAACAAAUCAAAAGGAAUCUAACGUAUCACCCUAGCAUUAGCUUUACACAUGCUUUUUUAUGUGGCUGCUGUUGUCAUUGUUAAAGACAAAAUGAUGCCAGGCUUCUGUUGGUAUAACAGGCCAGACCAGGUGCCAGUGUGACAGUAUGUUCAGUCGACAGUGCUGCAGAAUGCAGUAUGAAUUAACCAUAAAUUAAUCCUGUUGCCAUACACACUGCUACUAAGAUGCAUUAAAGCCAAGGCCAGAUUCUUCAAGAAGCACAGGCUCAAAUGCCCAUGCUGGCACUCGGUAAAAUAAAGCUGACAGCUGUGAGCUCUAUUUGCCAAAGUGUAGUUCAUACAGCCCAAGGUGCCUUUCAGGAAGCCUGGAUCAACUUGAAAUUUGAUCCAGCUUUUGAGCUGUACAGUGAAGGAGGUUGAAUAUGUAGAAAAUAUAUGUGUAUUAUUAUAGGAUUUCUUUUUUUCUCUUCCCAAAAGCACUGGAAAAAAAAUAUUAUAAUUAUAAAGAUUUUAUGAAGUGAGUUUAAUUUCAAAUGUUUUAUGCCACUAAGCCACUUAAAUGUAUUUUGUCUGCUUUUUUAUUUUAUUUUUUUUUCUCUAAAAACUAUUUUUACUAUAUCACUGCCGAGCCAUUGAAAUAUAAAAAAUAUUUCUGCCAUUCUAUUAAAAGUGCAGAGCCAUAUCUUUUCAUCUUUUCUUUAUUUUUAUUUUUUGUACAAAAUCGUUAAAACACAUUAGGCUUUAUGAGAUUAAAAGAACAUAUGUAAUUUUGUUUUUGUAUUGAUUUUAUUCCUUUUUUUUAAGAAAAAGACAUUUGAGGAUAAGUGAUACUGUUUUAGUGAUGAUUCAUUGUUCAAUCAGUUUUAAUUAAAAUGUUGAGAAUGUGAAUUUUAUUGUACAGUUAAAUCAAGGUGGCUUGUAAACUGCCUGUGUUAAACAUGAGCUUUAAUAGAAGCAAUGCGCUGUCCUCAGAAACAGUAUGAUGCACCUCCAGUGUCUUAUUGCCUCACCACCUCUCCCAGUUUUACUGCUUUGUUGUUUUAAAGGCACGGUUCAUAGGUGUUGAAAUUGCACCGUUUAAACCUCAUGAAUUAGCAUUGAAAAUACAGGAGCAGCACCGUGGGUGUUUUUUAUGCAUUAUUAUUAUCACAGGUAUAUAACAAACUGCCUGGAUCAUGCCAAGUUAAAACCAGCCGACAACUCUUGAUGAGACUUGGUUACUCUAUGCAAAUCUUUGACUUGGUUAUAGCUAGAAUAGGCAUAGUGUAGCAAAAUAAGCAAGGGCAUUUUGCACAGCAUUGCAUGAAGGGUCUUCUAAUUUUGCUUGUGUGACUUUUCUUGUUGUUAGCAAUGCACCAGGAAUGAGAAGGUUUGCCAUUAAAAAUGGAGAUAAAUCUUUCGAAGUAAAGAGUAUGCUUUCGUAAAAUAUUUUGAUGAUUAAAAAGAAAAGGGGGGAAAAAUACAAAACGUUGGCAUUUCAUUUUACAGCAUGCUGAAAGACAAUACAAGGAGAAUGUGUUUUACCAAAACCCUCUAAAGGCCUUGAGAAUGUUUUAGUACUGUGGAUGUGUCAUGUUUAUGGGAUUUGCUCUUUCAUAUAUCUCUGGGGGGAAAAUGACACCGCACAUUAAAUGUAUUUUAGUUGAUGGUA